UAACUAAAAAUAAAUAAGAUAAUUUUGAAUUUGGUGAAAUUGGUUGUGGAGCUGUGGAGCAUUAAAUAUACACAAAUGUAAAAUUAAAUCUAUCUCAAAUGGCCUCAGAAUCUAAAAAAGGCACCACUUUAACCAUCUAUCUCCCAUGUGCAGUCUUUAUGAUAAAUCACCAGUCAAAUGCACCCCAAAAUAAAUACUUUCUUUUCCUUUUUAUCAUCUUCAAUUCUUGAAACUUAAAAAAAAAAUUAAAAAAAACCACACAACUCCAUCUCUCUCCCUCUCUCUUUCUCUCUCUAGAGCAGAAUGUUUGAAGAGUCUGCAUCUGAAAUACCUCCUUCAAUAUGGGCAUCAAUGAGCAACUGGUUCACACCAACUGUUCUAUUUCUGCUGCUAAACAUUGUGAUACUCACCAUUUUUUUCACCUCAACUUUUGCAAACCAGAUACACAAUCAAAACCAAAACCAAAACCAAAACCAAAACCAAACCCAAACCCAAAACGACACGUCACCAAAGAUUGCCAGAUCGCCUUCACUUCUGCAGCGCAUCAAAUCAGCUAAUUUCUACCCUCACCACACAUCUCACAGAACCCCAGAUUCCGACACCCUCUUCAACCUCAACCACUCCCAAAACCCCGACACGCAGUCCCACUACUUCUUCGAAGAAACCCACGAGUUGAAUCAUCAAGAAAUCGAAACCCAGUUCGUCUUCGAGCAGAAAGAUCCGAUCUUGAACGGUUGCAACCCGGCCCACGAGUUGAAUCGUCAAGAAAUCGAAACCCAGUUCGUUUUCGAGCAAAAAGAUCCGAUCUUGGACGGUUUCAACCCGGCCCACGAAGAGAAAGUUCAAGAAGAAGAAGAUGAGAUGCAGAGUAUGGAGGAGGUUUUCAGUCAGGUGACAGGCGGUCACUUUAGCAGGACCAAAUCGGAUACCGAGCCAACCGCCGGCGAGUUGCCGACCAAGCUGCCGGCGAGGAUGAGGAAGUCGGCGAGUAUGAAGUCUCCGUUCGGGCAUUUCGAGGAGGAGAGCAUAGUGGAGGUGCGGCGGCCGGCCACCGUGAGGGAGAAGGGGAAUGCUAAAGUGACCGACGGUGACGAAGAGGUCGACGCGAAAGCUGACGAUUUCAUCAACAAGUUUAAGCAGCAGCUGAAGCUGCAGAGGGUGGACUCCAUUAUCAGGUACAAGGACAUGAUUGGGAGGGGGAGUGGUGGAGGGAGGUAAAAACGCUAUUGUGGGUCUUUUCAGGUACUGUUUUGUAAUUUUUGGUAUUUUUAGGGAAAUACUGAAAUAGUUGGAUUAUUAAGGGGUUGUUUUGCAAUAAGUUUUGGUGGUGAUUCCGGCUAUAAUAUGGUGGUCGGUUAGAUAGGAUUAAUGUGUAAUCUUAUGCCGCCCUCCUCCGCCCCAUGUGUUAGGUUGGACCUUUUUGGCCAUGUUUUGCUUUUGGAUGGGCAUUUUAGUCAUUUUAAUGUUGUUGCAUUCAUGUGUAAAUUUCAAUGAUAGUAGUAGAAUGGGGAGGGAUUAAUUUUCACUUACUGUCCUAUUUUUCCCUCUAAAUAGGAUUUUCCUAUUCGUUAAGGGUCUAUUUGAUGUUACACCCGUAAAAUACAAUGGGUGAUUAUUCACUG